CAUUUAUCAAUACAAAUACAGAGAAAUUUUGAAUCUCCAAAUUUCAAAGUUUGAUAAAACUAAGAAAAAAAAACAAAAAUGUUUCCCGUUUUUUCUUCGAUUUUUUUUCUCGUCGAUUUUUCAAUGGCUCUGUUGGCGAUAGAGGACAUAGUAGUAUGUUUACAUGACUCGAUUUGUUGCGGUAAGGUGGACAAAGUUGUAGUAUACUCGAGGUCUUGUACAGACAGUCAAAUGUCUGUCAUUAGACUGUCACUAGAUAGGCACGAAUUGAUAGUUGUACCAUAGCGGAGUAAAAACCUAGCUCCACUUUGCAAGUUCAGUUCAUUAUAAUGAACAUACUCGCCUUUAACCAUUUUUCGAGUCAAAAGAAAUUUACUCACCUCUUCGUUAACAAAGUCAGUGAAAUAUCAUCUCUUAAUGAUUGAGACUUAGAUCCUGAUAGCGAGACAAGUAUAAAAUAGAGUCUAGUUACAUUGAAUACACCGUACAACACAUCCUCUCACACAUGGACGCUUUAAAUGCAGGAUGUUAGGGGACCUAAAAACAAACAAAACUGCAUACUACGAUUUCUCCGUUGACGUGAUUUUUCCGGAUAAAUUGUACAAGUACUUGGCAUUGUCAUUUUUGAAGGAUUUUUUCCGUACCCAAUUGUCCGAUGCAAAAAUUGAAGCAGGUACACUGAAUGGUCCACAAACUAGACAGCUUUUGGGAUGCUCCGAAUUAUCUGAUCUAUUAACUCCUAUCCAAAAGAGGGCAUUUGAAGGAAUUCGCGAUGUCUGCAAUAACUUUUUGGGAAACAACAGAGCAGAGAAUUAUAAAAAAAUUGUUGCUGAAAUGUUGACUGCAUUCAAAGAAAUGAAAGUGAAUAUGUCAUUAAAAAUUCACUUCAUGUACAGCCACUUGAGCUUUUUUCCUGACAAUUGCGGUGACUACAGCGAUGAGCAAGGUGAACGUUUUCACCAAGAUAUUGCUGUGAUUGAAAAACGCUUUAAAUGUAAAAAUUCUGCCCAUAUGUUAGGUGAAUACUGCUGGUCGAUUUGUCGAGACACAGAUCCCAAUCAGCACAAACGAAAAAGCGAUCGACAAUUUUUUUUAACUAUGUAAAAAUCAUUAUAAUCGUAUCAUUUUAAGUGUUUCUUGUAGUUUUGAACCAUUUUCAAUAAAAUUAU